AAUAACACUGUUAUUAUUUUAUUGUUUGAGAACUGGUCAGAAGUGCUGAGAUGAGCUCAGAGGCACAGGCAGUGUCCAGGUUUCGCACCCCGGAGCCAGUCUUUGGAGUUGUUGCUCCCGAGAUCAUUGAAGAUACUUUAAUUUGUUUAGCUACAGAAAAUGAACAAUAUCUGAAUGAGCUGUCGGAUCAAGCAGGAUGCUUCAAAGAGACCCAGAUAGUGGAAUUUGUAUUUCUUCUGUGUGAAAAAUGGUUCCUGGACCAAUCUGCACGAUAUCAAGCAGUUGAAAUAUUUGAAAGGUUUAUGAUUAAGCAUGUAGAAGAGAGCUAUAACGCUAACAAAAAGCCAAGGACAAACAAUGAACAAGGAGAGGGCAACAUCUGGGGCACUUUGAAAGCACAGAUGUGUGACACAUUUGUGCUGCGGCUUGUCUCUUGCAUUCAGCUUGCAAGCAAACUUUCUUUUCACUACAAUAUAAUAAACAAUAACACAGUUCUGAAAUUUCUGCAGUCCUUAGACUAUUCAUACACAAAACAGAACUUGGUGGAGUCAGAACUUGCCAUUCUGAAGGCUCUACGCUUCCAGAUCAAUGUGCCAACUCCUUUUGCCUAUGUUGAGUUGCUUCUGGAGGUGUUAGGACAUAAUGGCUGCUUACUUCCUGUGAAACAGUUGCAUAAGAUGUGCAUACACCUACUGGAUUUAACUUAUCUCAUGCGGAACAUCAUCUAUGAUACUUUACUGAAGAUUUCUAUUGAGAAUUCAACACCGAGUGAACUCCAGAUAGCAAAAUUUUUGCCAGUAAAGGAAGAUUUCAUGCUCUUGGCAGUUGGCGUCAUCAGCACAAGCGGUUUCAUACUAAAUCCUGAAUACUGGAAUCAGGUUGUGGAGCAUUUAAACUGCAUCACUGGUAUUACCACACAAAGCAUUUUAGAAUUUUCAUAUGCAAUACUGAAGCACAGUGUUGGCACCACUAAUCCAAGGAAGAACAAAGGAACUAGAUCUUCAGAGAACUAUGUUGUAUCUCUUACAAAAUAA